AUGGAUCUACGAAUUCUCCUCGCCGUGUUCUUCGUAAGCAUAGUUAGUGCAAGAAACAUUUCUGGUCUCUAUCAAGGCCCUGUCGACUUUGAUUGGGACCCCAAAGCCCCCCCUCUGUGGACUAUCCGUCCUGAGGAUCGACAUAUGUUUUUCAAUAACAAGACAGCUUUUCUUGAGAAACGUUCUGGAGACCCCUGCUCGAGCAGAGAUCACCAUGCUCUGAAAAUGUACCACCAGUACUUCGAAGCAGAUUGUAAGGCAAAGUAUCACAUUCAAUCAGACGGUACAUGCGAAAGAUGGUCGGAUGUUGAGACAAAAUGCGGCAGCUUUUGUCAAAUUCAUUCUGAGAAUAACAAGUGGCUGACUCUGGUGUGCGUAGGCACAUACUUCGAAUGGGCCGAGGAACGACCAUUCCCCCAUUCUGAUUGUCACGCACCAGUCGAGUGUUCCAUGAAAGAAAGUGAAUCAACAUCCGUUGGUUGGAGUGUCAGCGUCACCCCGAAAGUCGGCAAACUAUUCAAGGCUGGAAUAUCUGGCGGGUGGUCAGAGAGUUGGAGCACUGCAUACGGUCGCACCUGGACCGUCAAGUUGGAUAAAGGCCAGUGUGGCUACUUUACGUUUGUUCCCGUGAGGAAGGUGGUCUGUCUACUCAGUGGUACAUUGUCAAUGUGUGUCGAGAGAUCGAUGUCCUUCCCUGGGCCUCCUUAUUUCAAAGCUUGGUGCGACAAGGGGAAAGACGAAACAGAACAUCAAGGGAAUGCUUGCAUUGAUGAGUUGUGGCUGAUCAAUGGCGAGUCCGGCAAACAGGUUCCGGAUGGUGCCAUCAUAUUUGUCUACACUGACUGUAGAACACGCGAGCCUCUGCCUAUGAACAAACAGGAUCCUAUCUACUCUUCCCCUGGUGUUGCCCUCGAUGGUAAAUCCAUUGACAGCAUUCAACAAGCCUGGGUUUGGAACUCGUGCGAGAUUAUCGACAUUGAAGGGUCAGGUAACAAAAAAUUGAUCAUUAGAGGUUCGGGUUUUCCUGAUGAGAAGAUUGGAGAGAACGGGGAGGCCUUGACAAGGGAUGUUGUGAAGAAGUGCGAUGUCUAUGUGAUUAUGGGAGCCUACAUACCCAAAGACGUCAAAUUCCAUUUCUAUGCAAGAGGCAGGCCAAACGAUCCGCCCGGGGAUCGAGGGGCUACAUGGCAGUACACAGCGACCGUCCAUCCGAAUACCAGACCGGGUUGCAUCGGAGAGUUCCUGAUGGAUAUUGGAGCCACAAGGCAGGAUAAAUGUAUUGGAGAAGCAGCGCCUCAGGAGAAGAGAGGGGUUGAACGGGAUGUGAAGCAACACUCGUGGGUCGCGUAG